UCAACUCUCAAUAUCACAAGGCAAUGGUUUCCUGCGUGCGAAUAUUGAAAAUAUAAUUAAAAUAAUUUGUGGUUCCUGUGUUAAUAUAUAUAUAAUUAAAUAUGACUUAUCUAUCAUUUAAUUUAAUGGAAUCAAUCAUCGAUGAGAUUGCUUUGGAAGGAUUAGAUGGCAUUACUUUACAAGCAUUAUGGCUGAGAUUAGCAAAUAGAUUUCAUGAUCCAUUGCCAUUGCCUAAACCUUUCAUGGAACAGGUAUGGUCAAUAAUUAAAAAGGUGAAAGGCUUUUCAUUUUACAAAUUAGAGACGCCAAGAGAACCAUUGGUGAUAUUUGAUCGUUAUGAAUUUGUACAUCCUGACCUAGGCAUUAUACUUGAGCCACCAAGUGUUCCACCAGAUAUUUAUCCCCAUUGUCCUAUUCAAGAUCCUAAGACAGGUGUAAAAGGAUCUUGUUCUACAUAUUAUACAAGAAAGGAUAUCAAAGAUAAUGUAAAGAAUGCAGAUCUAGAUGAGGUAACAGAAAAAUAUGGAUUAAGUUUGGUGAUUGUAGCAUCUCAAUUGAUCAGGACACGGGCUUUGAUGAGUGUCGAUGUAAGUCCAACAUUGGAGCUGACAAUCAUGCAUUAUUGCUUCUUAGAAAGAGUGGGAAGAGCUCGUUAUCAUGGUGAAGUUACUCAAGGCAAACUCAGCUUAGCAGCACUCAAAGAAGAUCCAAAAACUUUGUUUUAUCAUCGAAAAUUUCUGCUACAUCACAAACUAAUCACAAAGCAAAUUCAUCAUCAGAAAAGCUCCGGCCAUUGCGGUAGCGGUAGUCUUCUUCAUCUGCCACGCUUUUAUGUAGAACGAAAACCAAAAAUGAUUUAUUUGGCAGAACAGGUGCUUGACAUUCUAAGAUCCAAAGAAAAUGGUGUAGCUGAGUAUGACGAGAUUAGGAGGAAACUUGGAAUUGAUAAUUCUAUUAAAAAGUUGUUUAAAACUUCUUUCUUUCAAAAAAUUGUGAAGACAGACAUUUGCGUGCCAUAUAGAACUUUGUAUUCUAACGCGGAACCUAACGAAUGGCAACAAAAACAGGAUCCUUCAAAGGAGAAGAAGAUUAGAGUGGUACAACUGCUAUAUCCAGAUGUCGAUAUUGCGGAUAUAUGGAACAAAGAUGAAAAGGACGAUGAUGAAGAUAUUAUAGAAUUGGAUGUUUCCAAUCAUAAAGUUAAUGUUCCUUACCUAAAGCAAGCAAACGCUAUUGUCGAAGAGAGUCGAUUAGAAGGAGUAUCUCAAGCUUAUUUAGGAAAACAGAUGGGUCUAACCAAAUUGCAAUCUAGGACAUUCUUGAGAAAUAUGAUAAAGAUGGGAAUUGUUGCAAAAUAUAUGAACGAUAUGGGUCGACAAAGAAUUACAAAAUAUGUGUCAAAGAAAUUUGAAAAAGGCAGUAAGAUGAGUAAGCAAUUUAACAAGGAAAUACACAAGAUUAAGGAACUCACCAAGAGCAUCAUCAGUGAGAAUGAAGGAAAUCUCAAAAGUGAAGUAGCUUUACAAGUGGAAGACCAAAAGUCUUCUCUAAAUUGUGAAGAUGAUCAGACAAAUAAAAAAUUUCAUCAAGUUGAUCAAAUUAAUGUUGAUGCACCGAUUAUUAACAAAAAUGAAGAGGAAAAUAAAGAUAUAGAUCGUAUUAAAAAAGACAUAGAGUUGAAAAAUUAUACCAUUAACAGAAUUUUCCACAAGUAUCAAUUGUCAACAUUUAAAUCUAAAUACAAACGCACAUCGUCACAGCUUUUAUUAAUAAAGACGAAGAAUUCCAAUGUUAACGUAAAAAAACAAAGAGUGAAAUCUAAUGUUUCAUCUACGUGUAUACAGCAAAUUGCGAAUGAUACCAAAGCUACAUCAUUUUAUAAUAGCAUAAAGACGAAUCUGAUAGCGCAAAAGCCCGUUCGUAUUGGGAAAGGAGUCGGUGAAGUUUUUGGUUUUAUGGAAGUUGUGCAAAACAGUGAGAAAAAUACGUCUAAUAUUACAUACAGAUUGCUGAGGCGUGCCAACAUGAUCAUCGAAGCAGUGAAGGAGCACCAGGUGAUUGAUGAUACAACAAAACUUAUGAAAAUGAUUUGUGAAGAAGAGGAUAAAGAGGGUUAUGAUGUUAAGAUCGAUAAAAAAUCUCUCAUAAGGCUACUGCAAAAACUCGCUAAGGAUAACUUGGUGAAGAAUAUCAAGUUGACUUUAAGCGCGAACGGACGUGAAAAAAACAUGAUGUUUAUUUGCGAUCCAAAUAUCGAUACCGAUCAUACCGUGAUCAAGUCGGCCGUUGAGCAAGCGAAAGUCAAGUUUUGUUUGUUAGCAUCUCAAAAGGCGAAGUUACUUGCAAAAAAAACGGCAGAUAAGAAUAAAGAAAAUACAGUAGACAAGCCGUCGGAUUCUAAGGAGCAAUUGCAAGAACUUAGCAAGACAACAAUUAAAAAUACGUUGUCUUCUGUCUACAAGUAUGAUGCUAGAGCUGGCAAACGAUAUGGUCUCAGUCCAAAGUUUAUCAGAAUGCAAACAAUGCACAUUUUGCUCUUUUAUUUAGUAUAUGAUCAUCCUGGCAUACCAAAGUUAUCUCAGCAAGAACAGAUAGAAAUUCUUAAAUCUAAUGACUAUGAAAUUGAUGAUAAUCUUGUUCAGGAAUUUAGUACUAUUUACAACACCGAAGUAGGCUGGAAGAUGUUUGUUCCACCUUUGCCUAAACACAGCGGAUGGCCCGAAGGUUGGGCACUGAUGUGCGACGUCCUAUUGGGGCUGCCUUUAUCGAUUUUCGUUAAGGUGCAUAACAUCACCUUUACGAUACCCGAAUUGGAACACUAUUUGAAUCAUCCUAUUAGGAAGCAUUACCUUGUCAAGAAUCUUCCGGUCACAAUACGGAACACUCUCUUACAUGCACGGAAAUAUAUAUUUAAUAUUCAUGAUACCGUAACUAGAUUAUGUUACAUCGGUCUAGUACAGUUCGGUCCACAGCGACUGAAGGAUAAAGAUCAAGUAUUCAUCUAUCUGAAUCGACGCACGGAAUUGAUGGAUACGAUCUCUUCGUCACCGAGCUAUCAUAAGAUCGAAGACAAAAUGUAUCCGGUCACUAAGUACUUCUUCGAUCGCAUACAGGUCGUUGAAAAAUACUGGUACGAUAUGUGGACUAUUUGUGUUAGUACGCUACUUGGUGGAAGACAGGCCGUACAGGGUAAGGAUAUUUUACUAGAGGAUCUGAGCAAAAAGACUGCUAUGAUAGAAGCGAUUGCACCACGCACUUCGAAACAGACCGCGGAAAUGGAUACGGGUGCAGUUCCCGGAGAUCGUAAAGGAGCUGCUGGUAUUGAUUCAGCUUUCUUUGCACAUUUAAAACGUAAUUGGAAUUGGUCAAUUAGUUCUACAAAUCGACAGGCCUCCAGGAAUCACGAAAAAUCCAGCACAGGUCAACGAGAUUUGCAUUUCUCAAAGAUUCAGACAAAGCCGGUUAAGUAUACGGAAUAUGAUGGCCUGAAGAAAGUUUCUGGACCGCCACCGCCUAUUGUCAACGCGACCGAAUUGCGGAAAAAGGUGUACGAUCACUUUAGCAGUGGCGGGCGGAAGAACGAGGCCUUACCGUCACAACAAUCAACCAAGCAAAAAUCUUUUAUACGACGAGUGAUGCCGCGUAAAAAAAGCGGUCGGCCGCGGCUUAAGUAUGAUGAGGACGAUUACCGAGCGAUGCAGCGGAUGCACAAGCUACGUGUGGACUGGGAAUCACACGAGGAUAAUAUCUUGCUGGUGUGUAAGGUGGCAACAACAUAUUUAUCUUCGAAUUCGCGUAAGCAGGUCAUCGGUUUCACAACAGUGCGCGAUGUAUUGCGUACAUUCUCUUAUAAUUCGUACAACAAAACCUCCCGCGCUUGUCAACGUCGAUUGAUGUAUAUGCUGAAGCAGCCCCGCACGGUGAAUAGCGUGGCGUUAGGCGUCGAGGAGAUUAAGCAGGAUCCUUUCGUCGACAGGCGGUACGGUGGCACGAUGGAUAAACUGAAAAAUGAAUGCACGAGUUCAGCAGAUUACGAGAAACGAGUCACGGAGAUCUUCAAGGAGCUUGUUGGCUAUAUCAUCAAGAAGUAUUAUGACAUCGCGGAGAUUAAGCCAAAGAAGCAUUUGGCGAUGCCGAGAACGGUGCAGGAGUUUAAUCUUUUUUUCGAGAUUGUCUAUCCAGCAAAGCCACAUCAUAAUCAGGGUUUCACAAAGGAUGUGCGUAGUAUAAAUGAUAUCCAUGCAGCGACCAUCAAUUCUGUCAUACACAGUUCCAUGUGUUGCGGUAAGGAUAGACGCUGCUGGGCUUAUCAACUGUUUAAGGUAUACCAGCAAUACCCGGAGAUUUUAUUACGGCAGGCGAUGAGCAAGAUCAGAUCAGACCAAAUGGUGACAGUAAAAAAGCAUCACUUAGCGACUAUUAAGAAGUUCGGCAAUUACAUGCCAAUGAGCAGCUCACAGUACCAGCUUAGUAUCAAUUAUAUUCAUAAACUCCAAACCAAGUGGCCUUAUGAAGCGUUUAAGAAAUCCUACGAUGUUUUUGUAAAAUUGUUGCAAUGGUAUUCAGAGCACAAGAAUGUCCUCCCUUCGCCGGAACAGAAGGAAAUGUUGAAUGGUACUGAAAUUCUGCCAGUUUCCUGUGGCAUAGUCACCAUCAUGCACGAUUUCCUAGGACGCGAUCAAAUUGACUUUGACAUAGAGAUGCCGGAACAGAUCAUUAUGUUAGACGCAAGAUACCAAGGCAAGGACGAGACUUACUUUAGAGUUGCACAAAGAUAUCAGGAUAUUUUGACAAGGCUUUAUCGUUUCAAGUUUGAGAACGUUGGCGCUCAAAAUGCUGAAUUUUUCGAAUCUGAAAUGAAAACAUGGAGAGAGGUCUCUUCAAAAAGAAAAAGAGUUAUUGAAGACGAUGAUUGUGAAGAACUGAUGGCGAAAAUUGCUCGUAGGGACGAGGAAUGCAAUGAAAGAGAAUCAGAAAAAGAAUCUAAACGAAAUGAAAUUGUAACAGGAAACAGAUCAGUUAACGAAAACAUUGAACAGUUGAGUCUAAAGAAUCAUUCUAAUGUCCAUAAGCAAAAUGAGAAAAAAAUUCAUGUAAAUCGUUCAAAAAAGAGAUCUAUCGAUGUUGAAGAUAAUUUUAUGGAUUAUGAAGAACCGUUCUUAAAAAGAGCAAAAUUAAACUCCGAGAAUUCGACAGAUGUAGAGGAUCUAGAAAAGGACGAAGAAUCAAAUGUGUGCGAGAAUCUUGAAAGCAUCAAAAAGAUACCUUCAAAAAAUACUCUCGAAUCUUUUGAAUCAUUGAAAGAAUUAAAAGAACAAGUAAAAGAAGAAGCUUCUUCAACGCAAUCGAGCAGGACGAGCAAAGUAGCAGCGAUUCCUCGACGCGUCAGCGAGAUUAUCAGAAAUGUGCCGUCCGAAACGAGCUGCUUUAGUCUUUAUAGCAAGCUUGAUGAUACAAACGACAUUCAGAAAAAAUACACGAGAAUAGCUAUGCUGAGGAUGAGAGAAGAGCUAAAUAAUCUUACAGUAGCCGACAGCCAUCACGCGCACGAAUAUUUUGUAGUUAAUAGUUUCAAGAUGUUCUAUAACUUGGAGAUGUCAUCAUCGACAGCAUCAUCUGCGUCGUCAAAUGAAAUUGAAAAUUUCAGAAGUUACUCAGUACCUAGCCAACUUAUACCACUCAGGAUCAAUACUGUAAACGAUCUUCUCAACGAACUGAAUCGAACCGCAAUUUUCCCGAAGAAUGGUAUCUCUUAUGCAGACUAUAAGGAUGAGAUAAUGACAAAAAAGAAUGACAUACCGGUCGAGUGGAAAUACGUCGACGCAGUAUAUAAAUUCGUUCGAGAAAAAAAAGAAAUCGGCGCUUGUUCUCAGGAGUUGUUGGAUAAAUUCUUCAAUGAACAAGGAACGAACUUGUACAAAGCUGUUUCGCUUUUAAUGGAGAAUCAUAUAUUUUUGCGUUCUGGUGUCACCAAUCCACGCUACAUUCAUCAUCGUUACGUGGAUUCUUGGCUAAUUCAUUCCUACAAGAUAUAUCGUCUCGAACAGGAGUCUACAGUGCCAUUUAAGGACAGUGUAUAUGCCACAAUGCAGCAAGGAAAGACAGCUGAGGCAAGUCUUGAAAUGAAUGCAAAACAGAAUAGUGAAGAUACAGAAACAGAUAAUGCAAUACCAUCAACAUCAUCGCAUAAUCACGAAAUCAAAGAGAAGAAAGAUGAGAAAGUUGAUAAGGAUUUAAAUAAGGAAGAAGAAGAUGAGAAAGUGGAUAAAGAUUUAAAUAAGGAGGAGGAAAAAGAGAAGAAAGAAGAUAGCGAGAUCAAUGAAGAAAAUGGUACACAUUCGAGAAAAAGAAUGCAUAAGCAAAGAACAUGUUUACUUCCACAAAGGGAUGUGUACAAAUCUGCCCAGCAAUUAGAUUUCUCAACGGCCGAGGAAAUAAAAGUGGUGAUAAAACCUUGGAUUCGUAUAGACGGCGUGUUGAAUCGCAAAGUGCUCGAUCGAAUGCUAGGUGCAGUUCUCAAUUAUUGUUUACUUCACCCUGGACAUACCAUGGCAAAGGUGCAAAAUAGAUUCGUUCCAGCCCUACAACCCUUUCAUACGCGGGAACUAAUCGAGAUAUUAAUUAAAGUAGGUUGUUUAGAGAGUAAGCAUUUAAAGAAAACGCGCGUCACUCUGUUUUCUCGGCCAUCUACGAUUCAAAUUACUAAGCUAACUGCGGAUACCAUUGGAUGGUUUGCUGAAGAUGAGAUAGUACUCGAGCCAGCUGUAGAUGCUAUUAUAAAAUUCAGCAUAUUCUUGAGUACGAGGAUGUACAGCACGGAUUUUAUGCCUAAAUUUUAAAAUUAGUGUUUUUACUGGUUGACGCAUCGACGCAUGUGCGAAUUUGAAAUAUGACCAAUCCUGAAAUUGCCGCGCAUUUAGUGCAAACGACAUUGGCUAGAGGUGUACGUACAUGGAUUCAACCAAUUAGAUCAGUUGGUUACGGUCGUCUAAUGUAAAAUAAUACGCAUAUCAUUACAUACUGGACAUGCGUGUUAGAUCCUGUUACGUUUCGCAUGGUUCAAUUUGGCGGACUCUGACAGAUUGUUUCGUCGUUUUUCGUUUAUCUUUGAAAAGUUACGUUUGAGAGAAGUAAUAUAUGGACGUCGAAAAGUAUAAAGACCUAUCUAUAUCUAUAUGAAAGGAUGUAAUUUGUGUGUUUAAAGGAUGUAAAUAUUGACGUGUUUCAAGUUUUGUACGAAUUUAUAUGCUCACACAUAUAUGUACAAUCUACCAUUUUACCGUUUUCGUAAGUAUUUAAUUGUCUGUAGAAUUUCUGUUUGUGAUUGUAAGAUAUUCUAUGAGGAUUUAUCGAAUCUGGAUUUUGCUGUAAUAAUAAACGAAUAAAUGAAUGAUUGAAAGGAGAACACCCACAAUAUAUAUAUAUUAUAUUUUAGGAAAGUCAGAACUAAAUAUGCAAGAAAUUUAUUUCAUGUAUUUGUGCUAUAUUAUUUCUUACUUCUGAAAUAUAAUACUGCAUAAAUAUAAUCUUGUA